UUCUCUUUAAAUCAUUAAUAUACACAUAUACAACUAAAGUAAAAUAAAUCAAAAAAUUAUUAAGCUCUUUCAAUUUAGCAGACCAACCAUACAUAAUAAAAAGUAUCAAUGAACACUUAAUUAGAAUAGCCUGGAAAUUAUGAGUUUGCUGCUGCACCUUAACCACUUGGUGCUAAAGGGAAAUAUAGAGACUAAAAUGACUAAGGCGGAGCUUACUUGUUGAUGGAUAAGGGAAAUAGAAGCAAGGGCUUUUAGUAAUAAGCCUAGAAAACUGGAAAUAUGUCAAAAUCAGAGGGAUAAUUUAUGGAAAGUGAUGAAGCAUUCUAGACAAAUAAUCCAAAUACUAACUACUUAGAACCAUUAUAAGAUGAAAUAGAGGAUGAAAAUGAGAUAGAGCCAGAUUUUUAUGUUGAUAGGCCACCUACUCCUGAGUUUAAGCCAAAGGAAAGAGGUAUUGAUGUUUCUACACAAAUUAUUGAUGGCGAGUUGUUUGAUUUUCAGCUAGAAGUUGAACCCAUCCUCUAAGUCCUUGUUGGAAAAACUGUAGACCAAGCAAGAAUGGAGCUCAUUGAAGAAUAUGAAUAAGCAGAAUUAAAAAAGCACAAAGCCCAAUUUGAAAUUAAGAGAAAUGCUGAACUUAUGGUUACUUAAAGAAUGGAAGCAGCAUACAUAAGAAGAUAAGAAGAAAAGGAAAGAAGAAAUUGGUAGCAUAAGCUAAAUCGUGAUUAGCAAAAAUUCGCUCAUAAAAAGCUAAUUAGCAGGUUGCUAGUUAAAAGAGCUCUCAGUGAUUUAAAACAAAAUUCACUUAAUGAUUUAGAAAAUUAAGGUUUCCUAAGGGAUUAAAUGAUUCUUAAAUUGAAAGCUAAUUUCUUGCCUUGGGUUUUAAACACAACUAUAGAUUUUGUUUAGAACACAGACUCUAUUGAGCAUUAAUUAGAAGAAUUUGCAGAUGAAUUGCAAAAUGAAUUAGCAAAUUAACACAAAGCUAACCUUGAGAAAGAAAAGAAUAGAAGGGAUUAAAUUUUACACGAAAGAGAAGUAUUAAGAUAAAAAAAAGAGGAAUACAAACGUAAGAAAGAAGAAUGGAAGAGAAAGACAUAAAUUAAUUAAGAAAGAUAGUUGAUAUUAGAUUUUAUCUAUGAGAAUAUCAUCAAUAAAGCUGAAAAAAUUGAAAAUGUUAAAGAUUGUGAGUUUGCCGAUAUUACAGGUGAUAAUAGAAGAGUACCAGUUACUAGUAUUUUUGGAGGUUUGUUGAGUUAAAUCUGGAUAGCAGUUGAAUCUGCUAAUUUGAUUUUACAAGAGAAUCCAUUAACUUAGAAUUAAAUUAGAGAUAUUGUUGACUUAGUUUUAAGAGAGUUCAAGCAUGGUUUGACAAUUAAAUUUUCUGAAAGUCAAAAAGAGUUUUAUGAUGAAUUGGUUAAGCAGCUUUCAGAAGCUACAGAAAAUAUUCCUGAAGCAAGAGAAUAAUUUAUUAAUAAUAUAUUAGAAAACGAAGAGAUCUACAUUAACGAUUUAGAUACUAUCAGUUACUUAAGAAACGCUAUAGAAAAAAGAAAUGGAUCGACUCAAACAUUUAAAGAAAUUCUUAAGAUUCUCCUAGAAUAUCAUGCUAAGAAUAUUAAGCCAGAUCCUAUUGAUGAGCAAAAGUCAAAGGAGGAACACAAUAGCAGUAUAAGCCAUCAAAGAGGCUCUAUGAAUGACUUAGAUGAUAAGUUGUAUAGAUAAAAAAUAAGAAUUUUAUUCGAAAAUACUAAUGAAUAUAUAAGAAAUCAUGCUAAUGUGAUUAUUCGUUUAAGAGUACCUUUCUUAACUCAAUAAGAAAUGGAAAAAAUCAGAUAAGAAGCUGAAAAAUAAAGUCAAGAAGAAUAGAAAUCAUAAAAUAACUCCUAAUUAUAAUAAGAAUAAGAAGAAGGAAGCAAUCAGGUGUAAGAAAAUUAAAAAGAGCAAGAAGCUUAAGGAGUUUAAGAAUAACUUGAAUAAGGAUAAGAAUAAGAGCAAGAGCAAUAACCCGAAGAAGAGAAAUGUAAGUACGAUGUCUUUGUUGAAACAUUUGAUGGAGAAGGGUAUAAAAGAAAUCUCAUCGAGAAUCUUAAUAACUCAUAAAGAAGACCACUUAACGAAGAUCAUCCUUCUUAAAUAAAUAUAUGGGUUAAUGAAGAAAGACGUUUCCUUUAUUUCGACGAAAGGACUUUAUUCUAUCUAGAAGCUGUUUUGCAUAAAGUUAUUAGAGAUGUACUUGGAAAUAAAGUUGAACCUAUAAAUGCUUCCUAAUUUUCAUAAUACUUUGAUGAAAUCCAAGAUCUUGUAUUUGAAAACUUCCUGGGUGAUGUGUAUGAAGAAGAAAAAAUAGAAAAAAUACCUAUAUUUGAUAUAGAUUUUGGGUUUAAUUUACCUUCAGAGUGA